AUGGUGGUAGAUGUCGAGAUCAUGGCUGACAGCCUGGAACGUUUUGAGGCCGAAUUGGACUUGGAUGUUACUUUCAACGAGUUUGAUGAAGAAUUAAGUAAUGUAAAAGAGAAUGGUUGUGAACAGAACACAGAAAAAGUAAUUUUAGUCGAAAAAAGAGAAGAAAAUGUCAAGCAAAUUUCAUGCACUCUCGGAGAUGAGAACGGGCCAAGCCAGAGUUUUGACAACGAAAUAAUCGACAGUGCAAGGACUUUAGUCGAUAACGAAGAAGGCGAAGUAUUAAGCUCAAGCGAUGGUGAAGGCGAAGAGAAAAUGGACCUCGAUGAGAAAGCUGACGAAGACCAAAAUUCUUUAACAGGGUCCGAGAUGACGACAACUUUAUCUGAACAUAAAGGCUUAGCAAAAACAGAUGAUUGCACUUUUCUGUCACCAAAUUCUGUUUUCAGAAAUUUUGGCAAAAAGGAAAAUUUAGUGAAGGAUAGUGUGGAUGAAACACUUAAGCGGGAUUAUGAAGCAGACAGUGCAGUUCUUUCUAUGGAGUCUGAUAGCUCUAUGGAUGACCAGUCAUGGAAAAGAAAAAAGCGAGCAAGGUUGGAAGAACAAAGUCACCCGGGAACUGGUGAGGGAGAUAAUAUCAAGACGUCAGGUAAAUUUUUAAAAUGGCAGAAAAGAUGUGUGUGCUUAAUACAUGAGCUUCUUUACAACCUGUGUUGCUAAGAGGACUGGUACCUUUUUAGACUGCUUGCAAUCCGCCUUUUCUCUUAAAAUCCGUCUAGUUCUUAUCUGAUCCAGCAGGAUUGAAAACCACGACGUUAUUAUUACAAUAAGGGAUUGAGACGAGACGAGAAAAGACGGACUGCUGACUCUUAUGUGGUAAACAAACCCUCCGUCAGCCCCAAAAGGGAGUAACCAAUAAGUCCAUUGCACAGCUGUUGACAGAUACUUGACUGGUCUGUGGUGAGAUUGUAAGCAGUAAAAAUAGUCAUGCAUCACAACCAAGUACAAACAAUAGCGAACCAAGCAGUAAUCUCAGUAAUAAAAUUUGUAAGGAUAUCUUAGGGAAGGAAACUGCUGAAAAUUUCCUCAAGGGAAAUGAAUUCAAGGCAAUCUUACCGGAUGUAAAGAAAGUGUAAUUUUUUCAGUUCAUGUUCUAUUUAUAAAUCAUUUCAAGUUACUUGGAUUUAAUUGAUUAAUUUAUUAAAUUACCUUGACAGCUUCGUUGUCCCCAGACAAAACAAAAGAGUCAACAGUCUCUUAUUUUUUCUUCGCGGGCUUAUGCCCUUGUUUCUUGUGGCUCGCAGCUUUGCCACUCGCAUGCUUAGGUUUCACAUGCAGUAACUUUGCAAAGAAAAAUAAGAGACUGCUCGCAGUCUAGUACCUCUUUGUCUCCUCUGCACAUAUCUUUAAGAGAGUAUCAGAAUUGCCUUCAGAUCAAGGGUGUCUAGAAAACACAGACCUUAAAAAUGCAGACUGCAGACAGUAGACCUCGAAAUCGCAGACCUCAAAAACACAGACCUCGUGUCCUGGUGGAAGUUUGAGUCUGAUUAAAGACCACAUUUGUUGAAGACAGUUUACGCGUGGCGCUUUUUUCCCCUUUUUAUGUUUUUCAGUCAUAUGGUUUUCCCAUAAAGUUAAGUAUGGAUUUGUGGUUUUGUCACUAGCUUAAAGUCCAUUGUCUGCAUGAAAUUUAAAAUGCAUAAAUGUGAGCUUCGCUUUUAGCUCUGGCUAAAUUUAUGUACUAUAUUGCAAUAAAGAUAUUUUACAUGUAAUUUUUUUUUCUGCUUAUUAGCACAUGCAUCAUUUCAAGUACUUUUGUCAUUAUUAUCUUGAUCAUUUUGUUAGUAGCAGUUAAAAAAUAUUGCAAGAGAUUAUUUGGAAACUGUGGCAAAAAUCGAUAAUUUAUUGUUUCCAUAAUUUUCUUCAAUAGUCUUCAUAAUAUUUUUGUUUCUACUUUUUGUUUCCUUGUGGAGGGUCCAAGUAUCUGUGUGUCUUUUAUUACAUUUUCUUGCAGAUAAAGAGGUAGUCAAGAAAACUAGGGCUGGGAGGAGAAAACGUAAAAGGGAAAUACGGAGACACCAUAAAGAUGGACAGCAGCCAAAAAAUAGCAGAUCCAACCAUCAGGAUGUUGAAUCAGGAAAUCAAAAGGUGCUCCAGACUCUGAGGGUCACGUCAGAUGAUGCUGAGGAAGUUGUUGCUAGGGAAAUAGCUUACAAGUUAAAUGAAGUAAGAAUUCUCAAAUAACUUAUUAAAAUAUUUUAUCAUUGUAGGGCAUCAGUGUGGCCAAGUAGCCAGUACUUCAACCCAUAAUGAUACGAUAAUAAUAUAAUUUAUGAUGUUGUAACUAUUACUGACCUUGUCUACAUUUAGUGUGCUGUCAGUUUAUGUCAUCUCUCCUCCAUUUGUUGAUGGUGCUGCUAUUUUAUUUAUUUACACCUAAUUGUAACAACAUCGUCAUAGAAAAAUCCUUAAAAAAUAAGAAGAACACUCUAUCACCAUGGUAAACUGAUCCAAGGCAAUCGCUGAAUACCAUUAUUUUUACCCUUUAGAGUAAGGUGAUUCUUAUCCAACGAGUUGUGACAUGUAUUGGCUGUGAAAAGGCAAUAAAGCUCUUCAGGGACACACAGGAGGUGGAGAGACAUGGAGGUAUAUGGACAAAGGAUGGAGAUAGGAGGUAAGGUUUUUUUUUUGUAAUUUAUUAAUUUUUAUUUUCAUUUUACAGAGCACACUUAAUGUAAAAAAGGAAAAACAAACACACAAAUUUACAAACAUACAAAACAAAAAACUAUUUUGUUUUAUUUGUUUGUUCGUUUGUUUUUCCUUUUUACAUUAAGUGUACUCUGGUAAGGUUAAUAUGACAAAUGUUUUACAAUGCAGUAAAUUGAAUAUGUUAUGUGAGCUGAAGGCAGGCCUAGCUUAAAUUCUGCUAGCACUUCUACAGCACUGCUUUAAAUGCAAAUAUAUUUCGUAUAUUCAAGAAGAUCUCCAGUAUGCCUGGCCACCCUCUGUACUCUUCCAUCCCCAAAACGAAAGAAAGUUCAGUGCGCCUCUGAGUUCCUAGCAGUCAACUCCCUAGGGUUAAUACCCAGCAUUUUAAAAAUAGUUUUUUUAAUAGGCUAUUUUUCAAAUAUAGAGUAGCUAUUUAAUGUAAUGUGGAUCUUGAAUGUUAAAUUCAAUGCUUCUACAUGGAAUUUUUUAAGCCUUGGAAUUUUUUUCUGCUGUGUUUAACAUACAUGUAAGUGUUCUUGGUUUUUAGCAUGUAUUUUUACUUAAAAAACAAUAAAGACCUUUUAUUUUAUUUAUUUAUUUAUUUAUUAACAUGACCAAACACAUUCACUGAUAACCAGAUGUAACAAACUACAAAUCAUCAACAGAAAACUGACAGAUUAUCUUUCAUAGGGUUAAAGUAAGGUCUAAGUCACAAUUUAAAUUGUGGCAUUGGUAGAUUUACAUAAUGAGGUGCCAAUGGCAGAGGUUUACAUGGCAAAGGCCACUAAGGAAAAGUUAGAUGAGCUGCAUAAUCAUAAGCUUAUUAAGGCCGUUUACAAGCAAAAUAAUAAUAAAAGAAGUCUACUCCAUAUACCCACCAGUUUGAGUUCAAAGUCAUUCAUACAAGCAUAUAGCGGUAGGUACUGUAAAUGUAUAAAGUGUUUUGCGUUUUCACUUUACAGGCGCACAAGUGGUGGAGUGUUUUUGUCUUUGCUAAAGCACAGAUAUGUUACCAAAGAACAGAGCAAGUGGAUUUUUGCCAUUGAAAACGAGAUCAGUAAAAAGAAAGCGAAAGAAGAACAGCAACGGAUGACAGAAUUUAAAAAGAAAACUGUGUCAGAUUUGAGACUGAAAUUAAAAGAGAGAGACAAAGAGUCGAAGAAUUAAAAACCAAAAGAUACAAAGGAAAAAUUUUGUUUUCGUUUUUGCGUGUCAUUAACAUAGUGUAUGACAGAGCGAGGU